GUCAUCUUUCGUGGUCAAGGUUUGCAUCGUAUGACCUUGUUGAAUUCAGUUGCCCGGGCUGCCAGUCUCGUGUUAAACAGGCGGUUGAGUCGUUACACGAUGGCCACUAAUCACCAGUGUGGUUUAGCUGUAGCACUAAACGAAAAGUCAUUACCACCUCCCCCUGAGUUUAUUAAACAUCGUGAAGAGUUAUGGAAUAAACUGAAAAGGGAAUAUGAUGGUUUCGUUGCUUCACAACCACGUUCACCUAUUCAGAUCACUUUACCAGAUGGAACUAUUGUGGAUGGAAAAGCCUGGGAAACUACUCCAAUGGAAGUGGCCAAAGAUAUUAGUAAAACUUUGGCUGAACAUGCUGUAAUCGCUAAAGUCAAUGGAGAAUUAUGGGAUUUGUUACGCCCUUUUGAAAAGAGUUCUAGCCUCGAGAUUUACAAUUUUGAUCACAAAGAUGGUCAAUAUGUAUUUUGGCAUUCAUCUGCCCAUGUUCUCGGUGAAGCCUUAGAACGUUGCUAUAGUGGACAUUUAUGCUAUGGACCACCUGUUGAGGAAGGAUUUUAUUAUGAUAUGUGGGUCCCUAAUCAACAACACUCUGGUCUCGGUCCAGAAGAUCUCUCUGUUGUGGAAAAUGUGUGUCAUAGUAUUUGUAAAGAAAAUCAACCAUUUGAACGUUUAGAAAUGAAAAAAGAAGAUUUAUUGAAAAUGUUUGCUUACAAUGAAUUCAAAUGUCGGAUAAUUCGCGAUAAGAUAGAUACACCAACUACUACAGUUUAUCGAUGUGGUCCUCUUAUCGAUCUCUGCCGUGGACCACAUGUUAGACAUACAGGUUGUAUAAAGGCUCUAUCAGUCACCAAAUGUAGUUCCUCUUAUUGGGAGGGUCGCACGGACGCGGAAACUUUACAACGUGUCUAUGGUGUUUCAUUUCCAGAUCCAAAACGUUUGAAAGAAUGGAAACAUAUUCAGGAAGAAGCAGCUAAACGUGAUCAUCGUAAACUUGGAGUUGAACAAAAAUUGUUUUUCUUUCAUGAAUUAUCUCCUGGUAGUUGUUUUUUCUUGCCUGCUGGUGCACAUAUCUAUAAUACAUUAGUUUCAUUUAUUCGUUCUGAAUAUUGGAAACGUGGUUUUCAAGAAGUAAUCACUCCAAAUAUUUAUAAUUCUGCAUUAUGGGAACAAAGUGGACAUUGGCAACAUUAUAGUGAAAAUUUAUUUAAAAUUGAAGUUGAGAAGCAAACAUUUGGUUUAAAACCUAUGAAUUGUCCUGGUCAUUGUUUAAUGUACGCGAAAGAGAUUCGUUCACAUAAAGAGUUACCAUUGCGUUUUGCUGAUUUUGGUGUAUUACACAGAAAUGAAUUCUCAGGUGCUUUAUCUGGUCUUACUCGUGUUCGUCGUUUUCAACAGGAUGAUGCGCAUAUAUUUUGUCGUGAAGAUCAGAUUAAAGAUGAAAUCAAGAGUUGUUUGGAUUUUUUGGGUCAUGUGUACGGUUUAUUUGGUUUCUCGUUCGAAUUAUACUUAUCUACUCGUCCAGAGAAAUUCAUGGGUGAAAUUGAAAUGUGGGAUCGUGCUGAAAAGCAACUAAAAGAAAGUUUAGAUGAAGUUGGUCUGAAAUGGGAACUUAAUCCUGGUGAUGGUGCAUUCUAUGGACCCAAAAUCGACAUAACCAUAAUGGAUGCUUUACGUCGUCGGCAUCAAUGUGCAACAAUACAAUUAGAUUUUCAAUUACCAGUCAGAUUUAAUCUUUCUUAUGCGAGUGAAACUGAUAGUCUUUCUGGGAGUGAUAAUAAUUAUAAUAAUGUAUCGACUAUAACAAAUGGUAUAUCUGACCAUCAUGAAGCAACCAAUCAUCAAACUGACUUAAACAUUCACCGACCCGUCAUUAUUCAUAGAGCUAUUUUGGGUUCAGUCGAGCGAAUUAUAGCGAUUCUCACAGAAUCUUAUGGAGGAAAAUGGCCAUUUUGGCUUAGCCCCCGCCAAGUUUUAGUAGUCCCUGUUGUUUCAGCAUGUGAUGAAUACGCGAUAGAUGUAAAAAAUCGUUUACAUGAUGCUGGCUUUAUGGUUUCUGUUGACACAGAUCCUGGUCGUACUUUAAAUAAAAAAAUUAGAAAUGGACAGUUGCUUCAAAAUAAUUUUAUUCUAGUGGUUGGUGAAAAAGAAAUUACUAAUGGAACUGUCAAUGUUCGUACACGGGAUAACAAAGUUCAUGGUGAGCAUCCUGUUGAACAUGUUAUUGAACGUUUUCGUCAGUUGGCGGCAUCAAGAACGCUGGAAGCAGAACAAGAAUUUUAAUGAAAUAUACAAGUUACUAAACUAAUUUCAGUGUAAUUGAAAAUUUUUAUUGUUAAUUACAUUAUAUGUGUAUUAUA